AUGGUAGUUCUGCUGAGGAUAUUUCAUUUAGCAUGCCUGGACAUGGAUGGAAAGAUCACUCUACAGCUGACUCUUUGCCAGUUGUGCAGGGGGAGAGCUGUUGAUGAUAUGGUUAACUCUCCUGGUCAUGACGUUGAGCUUUCAAGGAGAGAAUUGUCUGCACAGCAUCCAAAACAACUGCAGGAGGAGGAGAGGGGAAAACUUCAACAAAAGGCAAAAGCUAAUGCAAAAUUGGAACUGAAGAGAUGUUUGUUUGUACAGAAUCAGAUGUCGAAUGAUGUGCCACAAGAAACAAACAAAAAUCUAUGUAAACAAAAUGCUGGAAGCAGUAGAACUAGUAGUCAUGAUGCCUCAGUAUCAGAUACAUGUACUGUCUAUGCUGAGAAUCUUAAUAUGCCUCCAAGACCAAAUGCCGCGAAGAAUACUGCAGCUGCUAUCAGCUCCACUCAGAAUGUGAUGUGUGCAGCCAAGAAAACUGACAUUAGCAUGCUGGAACACAUUGCCCAGAAAACUGAAGCAGAGUCACAUGAUAGUAGUGCUCCAAAGCAUUUGCAGACGGAGGAUAGGGACGGACAAGUUCAUAAACAGGAGAGUAUUUCAAGGGGCUCCACUCCAGCAUCAGACACUGCAGAUGCUAACAAAAGUCCUUUGAUUCCGAACACCAUUUCCCCAGUCAAGAACACUGAAAUCAAGAUUAUGGAACAAAUUGACCCAAAAGGCGUGUCACGCUCAAAUGAAAGCAGGACUCCAACUCCAAUGCAUUUGCAGAUGGAGGAAAAGAGAAGGCAAGUUCAUUCACAUGGAAGGGGCUGCACUCCAGCAUCAGGACCUGCAGGUGUCAACAAAGGGUCUUUGAUUCAUAAUGUGUCUUUGAUUCAUAAUGUCAUACCUUCAGCAAAGAACAAUGAAAACAGCAUGAUGGAACACAUUGCCCAGAGAAAUGCAUCACAGUCACACGAGAACAGUUCUCCAAAGCGUUUGCAGAUGGAGAAUAGGCGAAGGCAAGUUUAUCCACUGGAGAGAGUUCUAAGGGAGAGGUCAAACAUAGCUGAAAGCACAGAAGAUAUUACAACUGUUUCUGGGACUCAUGUGAACGCACAAAAUGCUGAAGCUAAACCUCAUGUGGGCCUCUCAACAAAAAGCAAGAACAGACCUGUGUCACCAUGUGUGUUUGGAACUGAGAAUACAGAAACAUCUGGUUUGCGUAAAGCUCCUGUAUCAGGCGUUGUUAUCAACAGUUCUAUAAUCACCAUGCAGGCUGCUUUGGCUAGAGGCUUUACUGUGGGGAGCAUAGUGCUUGUGGAUGCUUCAGUUGCAUCCGUGAAUCAGGAGAAAACAGUUGCCAAGGAAGUGGAUUAUGAUACAACAAAUAGCUGUGCUAGUCCUACACAGACAAAGCAAUCGGGAAAGAAUCAGCAUGAUGAACAGCAUGCCAAGGAGCCCCAUGGGGGUGACAGUAUCAUGUGCACAGAAGUUAAAGAGCCAAGGCCUGAGGCUGGUGGGAAUCCCAGGCAAAUGCUACAGGCAGAGAAGCACACAACAUCAUCUGAUAAUUCAUCAAGGUCCAUAUUGGAAACUAAGAGUCAAGAUAAAGAAACCCUUCAUACUUCCACUGCUACAAAAUCUGAGAUUAAAACAGGACCUGAGAACCGGGAGGAUGCGAAAAUUAGCAAGCAUCUAGGGAGGAGCAGUGCUGCUUAUGACCAAGGAAGCACAAAUGGUUUAGCUACAUUAGCAUCAGAUCUUACUGAACAGGAAGCCAACUCUCUAGUGUUAAAAAUCAUGCAAGAGUUAUCUGACCAGUUGGAGCAAGUGGAGAAGCAACUCGACUCCACCCAUGUUGCUGCUGUGAGCCAUUCAGAGCCGACUCAAACGAUGUCCCUACCUGGCUACACUUGGGGAGAACAUCGUGUGAGUCACAGUCAAAGGCAAUACCAUGUAGAUGGCCAAGGAAACGUGUGGACCAGCUACGCUGCAAACGUGUGUGGCAUCACACAGGGGGCUUCAGCUCUGCCUACCGCUCAUGUAUUGCCUGGACCCAUCUCUGUUCCUGAGAACAACACAUCGAAUGGCAGCAGUGCUCCAGUUUGGACGUGGGAUGCCGCCGAGGGCAUAUUGACAUCCGACAUGGGCAACGUCCCAGUUGUGGGUACUGCAAUUACAAGCAGGAGUGGCAGCGAACUGACUCAGAGCAUCUACGGGGUCAGUCAAAUGGAUCUGCACUGCAUGCAAGUCAUAGGAGGCAUGACAUAUGAAGCUGUUGCAGCGAACCCUGAGAACCAGUACUACCACGCAGGUCUGGCACAGCAGCAGGUCAACCCGGCAUGGUUCCCCCACGGCCAGCAAAGGAUGCGCUGCCAUGCAAACUCAUGGCGUGACCGGACCCGUAGUAGGCGCUGGGCAUCCUGGUUACAAGCUGAUGCCAGUUGCAUCUCCUGGUGCUGCCUACACUGGGAGCACAAUGGUGAGCUCGGGGCAUCCGGCGGCGGCGUGGACUUGGGGAGCGGCGUACGGCGAGCAUGUGUACUACGCCUGAUUGUCUGGAUAGCAGUAGAGUUUGGUGUUGGAUAG